AUGGUGGUCCACAGCAAAGCAGAUAUUCUUCUCAUGGCCUUGUGGUUCCUGUUUCUGUCCACUCUGUGCGUUUUAGUCGUGCAGAUUUGUCGUUGGAUUAAGAAUCGUUAUGUUCUUGUCCAUUGCUGGUUCUGCAACUCUCCCAAUAGAAUUCACGUAUCAGCCCGAAAUUCAUUUGUCUGUUCUGCAUGCAAACAGUACAACGGUUUCACACCGUCUGGUGACUACAAUAAGGAAAUUCCGGAAAUGUACCAAACCACCGGCAAUCCGUCUGCAUUUGUAAGCCAGUCCAAGGAAGCCUUCGUUUCACACUCGAACGUCCUCUGUGCUGUCUGCGCGCAAAAACAGGAGCAAAAGCUGCUUGAACUCUCCCGAUUUGAAGCCAGCGCCGAUUCCAAAUGGGAUGUUGAAAUUGAGGCUUUUCGCCAAAACCUGGAAACACGCUUUGACCUCUGCUCACCCUGCAAGGCGAAAGUCAGGGCACGAGUCUUACAGGUGGGCACUGUGGACGCUCUCGCGUUAUCCAUUUUCAGCGCCUGA